AAGAACUCGUGGUGUAGCUGCAGGGUUGGCAGUCUCUGUGAAGGCAUCAAGGAAACUGUUGGCGGAAGAAGCGGUUGGAAAAGCGAGGAUUCAAUCCAAGAAUGUGGGAGGAGAGCGAAUGCGUUCAGUAAAAAUCCCUCGGGUUGUUAGCGUGAAGAAGGUCGGCCGUGGCAGUGGAAAGACUGUUGCUGUUCGAGAUGAUAUGACAAUUGCAGAGUUAGCCAGACGAAUGGGAAAAUCAACAGGUGCCAUGCAGACUAUGUUUCUCCUUUUGUCAUUCAAACAGUUGUUUAGUCUGCUGUUAUUUUCAGACAUGUUGCUCAAGGUAGCUGCACGACACGGUCAUGAUGCAGUUGUACCUUCUGAUCGAGUCAGCAGUCAAGUUGCAUCAAAACUUGUAACACACUUUCGAAUGCUUCCAACAGUAACAGUCUCAUCCAAUUUAGAAUGGCAUUCUAGAUCUCCCGUAGUGACCGUAAUGGGCCAUGUUGAUCAUGGGAAAACAACUCUCCUUGACAGAUUAAGGCAAACGUCUGUUGCUGCUCAGGAACCAGGAGGCAUAACACAACAUAUUGGAGCAUUUAGAGUGCAAUUGGAUGAUGGUAGUGAGGUGACUUUUGUUGACACUCCUGGUCACGCAUUGUUUGCCAGUCUGAGACAGCGUGGAGCUAACGUGACUGAUGUGGUCGUUCUUGUUGUGGCAGCAGAUGAUGGAGUAAAGGACCAAACUGUUCAGUCUAUUCGGUACGCUCAACAUGCAGGAGUGCCUAUUUUGGUAGCUAUAAAUAAGUGCGACAAAGCGAACGCCGAUGUGCGAAAAACUAUGGAGCAGUUGUUACAGUGUGGAAUACAGUUGGAAGAGAUGGGAGGCGACGUUCAAGUUGUAAACAUAUCUGCUCUUAAGGGCACUAAUGUCAAGGAGUUGGUCGAAGCCGUUUUGGCAGAGGCAGAACUGUUGAAUCUACGGGCGCAUGUAAAUGGCCCAGCAGAGGCGGUCAUUCUAGAGUCCUUCUUAGAUCUACAUCGAGGUCCUGUGGCUACUGUUUUGGUACAGCAGGGGGUGAUUUCUGUUGGUAGUCUUUUGGUAGCAAGUUCUACAUGGGCUCGAGUGAGGCAAAUGUCUGAUGAUGUUGGCAAAGAUGUCGAGCGUGCUUUCCCAUCGAUGCCUAUUCGUAUCAGUGGAUGGAGGGCAUUGCCCACUGCUGGUGACCUCGUGUUUGCUAUGAAGACAGAGGAGGAAGCUCGAGAGUUAGCAGACUUACACAAGAAGUCAACUAGACACACUCAUAUCAUUUCUGAGGAACUACAAGAAUCUUCAAGUAGAGCUGAAAAACCCAUUUUGCCUCUUAUAAUUAAAGCUGACACUCUAGGAUCAUUAGAAGCUCUUGUUCAGUCACUGAAGACUUAUAGCCAUGAAGAAGUGAUGCUGAAAGUAGCACUGACUGGUCUUGGUAGUAUCAGUGAUAGUGAUAUUGAAAUGGCAGCUUCUGCUGAGGGAAUUGUUGUCGGGUUCAAUGUGAAACUACCGAGAUCAGUUAAUGGUUCUGUUAAGAAAUGGAAAGUCACUGUGAUUACUCACAAUGUGAUCUAUCGUCUGCUCAUGUUGAUCAAAGAUCAACUAAAUAUCAGAGUGCCCUUAUCAUUCCAAGAAGUAAUCACCGGAGAAGCAACAAUUCUUCAGGUCUUUCAGCUACGAGGAAAGUCUAACAGCACAGUUGCUGGCUGUCGUGUCAAGACUGGAUCUCUUAUAAAUUCUAAGCGGCACAGGUUCAGAAUACUCAGAGGAAAGAGUGUCAUCCAUGAAGGUGCUUUGUCAUCACUGAAGCGUGUGAAAGAAGACGUUCAUGAAGCAAAGAAGGAAACAGAAUGUGGCAUAACUUUUAGAAAUGAUCCUGAAUUUCGGGAAGGAGACACAGUACAAUGCUAUUCGAGUGAAAAAGUUCAGAAUACAGUUUCCUGGAAUAUUGACUUAUGAUCUGUUGCAAUUCCUUUUUAUUUUACGAGUUAUUGCUUAAUAUACUUAAAGUAUUGCAGAAUACUAUUUGUUUUGUAAACUGUUGGAGAGUCUCUGAAUAUAGAGCAAGAUUACAAGUCUACGACUACAUCUAGGCUCGGUGUAUGUGCUUGAGCAUAUUUUGUUGACUAGGUUUAGUAGUCUUGCUGUUGUUGGUUAAUUAAUUCCGUAUCUCAUAUCUGGUUAGGU